GGCUGCCCGGAACUUGCGGUCCCAACACUUCUUCCUCAGAAAUACCCAUGCCUGUUGUUAUCUGUAGCACAGCUGAGGCAGGGUUGGAGCAUUAAAGAGUCCUUUCUAAGGUCUCAGGAGUAACUGAAGGAAAAACGAAGGCAGAAAGGACCCAAAUCAGCAUUCUUAGCCCUCUGACACACUCUGGUGUCAAAGUUGUGUGGUCUCCUUUGGGAACCAAGGGAAAGCUCUUCUUCCUGCUUGGCUUCUACCUUUAACCUGUGGGAAUAUCCCCUGAUACAUCGAAACUACAAUCCAGACCCAAGAGAGCAAGGCCAAGAAAAAGUGCUUAGUUCUUCAAGGUAUACAGUGGGAAGAAAAAUCAGGAAACAUGAAGCUAUAGAGCAGGAAAAGAUUUUGGAAAUCGUCCAGUUCAAUCAGCUGUUUUUAUGUCAAGAUGGGGUUUAUAUUUUCAAAAUCUAUGAAUGAGAACAUGAAAAGCCAGCAGGAGUUCAUGCUUAUGAAUGCCCGACUUCAGCUGGAAAGGCAGCUAAUGAUGCAGAAUGAAAUGAGAGAAAGACAAAUGGCUAUGCAGAUUGCUUGGUCUCGGGAAUUCCUCAAAUAUUUUGGAACUUUUUUUGGCGUUGCAGCCGUCUCUUUAACAGCUGGAGCAAUUAAAAAGAAGAAGCCUGCCUUCCUCUUCCCUAUCGUUCCAUUAGGAUUUGUCCUUACCUACCAGUAUGACAUGGGCUACGGGACCCUUAUACAAAGAAUGAAAGGUGAAGCCGAGAACAUACUGGAAACAGAGAAGAGUAAGUUGCAGCUGCCAAAAGGAAUGAUCACUUUUGAAAACCUUGAAAAAGCAAGAAGGGAACAGAGUAAAUUCUUCAUAGACAAAUGAAAUCAUGUUUACCCACCAAAUCUCAAAAUACAGAAUUGUUGACUUGAAUCAUGGCCUUUACAAUUUUUUAAAUGCUUGAGAUUUUGAUAUAAUGGUUUUUAUUUUAAAAUAAUAAAAUUUAAGAUGAACUUUGUUAAAUUAUUUUAAAAUAAAAUGUAUAACAUUCAACACAAAAUCAUGGAGGUACUCUAACUUUCAGAUUUCCUAUAUAUGUGUGUGUAUCACAAACAUCU